UCGAGACAUCAGUAAAAUAUUCCGAAAUAGCCUUUAAUUAUAACCUUCAAUUUUAAUUCUUCUCCACUCACUGCAGCUCCCAGGGAAAAAGAUGGUUUAUAUGAUUUAACCUGUAAGAUAGAUUAGCGUGAUUAGUGCAUAGUGUGAAUUUGAGUGUAAAAAGGGUUCAAAUUUGUGUGUAACAUAAAGAUUGAUUGAUAACAAAGAUCUAAAGUCAAGAACACACAUAAUAAAAGGAACAGACAAAAACCAAUACACAAAAGAGGAAAAGUCACACGAAUAUUAGCACGCCAAUGUCUCUCUUCUUCUUUUGCCUUGUAUAUGAAAUAAUUUACUAACUAUAUUAUUAUUUUUGGUUAGGAAACAAGAGUAAUCAUGAUCGUCAUCUGCCCAUGCUUCUAUCAUCAUUCAUAUAAUUUUCUCAUCCACCACUACACCGAUCAUUUGCUUUUCUGCUGUUACGAAAAAUCAUUUAAACCUAUACGUUAGAACGGUCAUAUGCUACUUUAAUAGUUAUCAUGUCUUUCUGUAUAAAGGUAAAAGAGAACUCUGACUAAUGAAGUGUAAGUGUUUAUAAUGUUUCUCCACAAAAACACACAUCCCCACCAAGUCAAACUCUCUUUUCUCUUUACUCUUCUCCACUUCCUCUCUCAACCCAAAGAUCUCUUGAUCCUCUCAUGGAUUCAUUCUCCAUAUUCAUCGUCAUUCUCUUCACACUUCUCUUGUCAUUCCACCAUUCUGACUCUCAAUCAGUUCAAUCUACACAUCUUUUAGAUCUCAUGAUCAGAGACUACACCAUAAGAAACUUUAAGCUCAAUCUCAACACAGGCACCAUACAGAAAAUCCAUCUCCCUUCUAAUUUCUCCGGUAUAGAUAUCGACACGGUUAAGUUAAGGUGUGGGAGCUUGAGAAGAUACGGUUCAAGAAUCGGCGAGUUUCACAUCGGCGCUGGCGUGACGGUGGAGCCAUGCCCUGAGAGAGUCAUGCUGGUUAGACAAAACCUGGGUUCGAACUGGUCUUCAAUCUACUCUACCGGUUAUAACUUAACCGGUUACAGUUACCAGCUCGCAUCACCGGUUCUUGGUCUUUUGGCUUACAACGCUAACCCUGACGGUGUGGCCACGAACCCUUACGAGGUUAACGUCGUUGGUACCGAUCAAAACCCUAUCUUGAUCGAUUUCUUGAAGGUCAAGGCGAGUGAUAACCCUAAGCUGACGAAGAAGAAUUCAUCAGUCUUGUGUGCGUGUUUCACAAGCAACGGUAGCACAACGUUUAGUGAUCAAGUUUCACCUUAUGUUUGUAAAGGAACAAGACAAGGGCAUUACGCUCUAGUGGUGACGACAGAAGCUAGAGGAAAAGAUGAUGACAGUAGUGGUCGUGGGAUGGUGACGCCAUCGACGGAGGUGGACGGCGGCAGCGGAGGAGGAAAGUUGAGCCGGUGGAAAGUGGCGGUGGGGAGUGUGAUUGGGUCGGGGAUUGGAGCGAUUCUGUUAGGGUUGUUGGUGGUGGCGAUGUUGGUGAAGGGGAAGAAGAAAGCAGAGAGAGAAGAAAUGGAGAGAAGAGCUUAUGAAGAAGAAGCUCUUCAGGUUUCAAUGGUGGGUCAUGUCAGGGCUCCUACUGCUUCUGGAACUAGAACUCUUCCUGUAAUGCCCGAUGAUAGGUAUAAAAACACCCAUUUGAAUCAUCAUCGAUAAAAAAAAAAAAAUAUUUGUUUUCUGAUUUUCCCAAAAUUUUGUGUUAAUUGAGUUUCUUAAUAUAAUUUUUUUUACAUAAUUACUUUGAAAGAAAUCCAAAGUGAAAUUCCAUUUUUUUGUUAAUAAACCGUUAGAAUCUUUUUUUUCUCCCUCUGCAAAAGUGAAAACUUUUACAGAAUGGAACAUUUUCUCUUUUAAUGGUGCUAUAUAUGUUUUUCUAAGUUGGUAUAUAUACAUAUAUGUUACGGUCAAUUAUAUUAUGAAAAUUUAAAUUUCAGAUAGCUCCCCCCUCCCCCCAACUUUCACACUAUGAAAUUUGUUAUUUUCAUUUGAAUUUUCUUUUACAUUUUAAUUUACCCUAUUUUAUUCUUUUAUAUUUCUGAUUUCAUGAAAAAGAUAUUCCCAUCCUCCACACAUCAACAAGGGACAUGUCCUUAAAGUGAAUGCUAUUUUCACCAAACAUCGUAAUUACAUGGAAUUUCUUUUCUUUUCUUUUAUUUUUAAUUUGUUUGAUUCUUUUGUUUAUAUAUAAAAUUAUACAAAUCUUUUCUCCUUCAUUGCUACAACUGUCUCUUAAUUAAAUGAUGCACUAUAUAGAAAACAAAUCGCCUAACUCAGAACGUGAGACGUUAAAACAAAAACAUCUACUCACUUCUUCAUUACCUACUUGCAACUUGCUAGUAAUAUUCAUUCAUUUUAGCAAGAUGUUGAUUUACUUUUUAAAACCUUUUUCAAUUUUGAUUUAUUAAUUAAUUAAUAAAUUUCCUACGAUAGUAAAUAAGUGAGGUUUUUAUCCGAUUGGUUUUAUUAGUAUGUCUAAGAUUUAAGUUUUGUUUUAAAAAAAUAUUUAAUUUAUGUUUUGUUUGUUUCUCAAGAAAUUUGGUAAUGGAAAAAAAUCAACUUGAUAAAAUUAAGAUCUAAUUUUAUUUAAUAAAAAUUUAUAGCUUGAGAUUUGGCUUAGAUCUAUGAGAUUUUGAUCUAAAGAUCUGCCAUCUAAGAUUUUACUCAUCUAAUGAAAAUGGGUGAAAGUAGGGUUAAAAAACAAUAAAUAAUUAGGCAAGAACUAUAUGGGCCUAGCUAAAAGCCCAUCAAAACUUAAAAAAGUUGUAAAAAGGCAUGACGUAACCAACCCCAAAACAGCACCUGAUCAACCUCUUAAUUCCGCAUCAAGUCACAUGUCGUUUUCAGUUUCCCUUAGAUUUCCCGGGAAAAGGAAAAUAAAUAAAUAAAUGGAAAAAGUAAAAAAUAACAAAAAGACAGAAGAGGUUUAUGUUUCAACGCUUAGUUAAAUCUGAAGAAGAAGAAGAGAAGAAAACAAGUC